UUUUUGUCCAUAUUUUCCGCUGGGACUGGUCUACAGUAAGUGUACUUUUAAUGGUAAAUGUUUGUUUUUUUGGAUGGGGAAAAUUAAGGAAGCUGGAACUGGGCGUAUGAAGGAAUCCAGGAUGAACUUGGAGAAGCUGAGCAAGCCGGAGCUGCUGACCCUCUUCAGCAUUCUGGAGGGGGAGCUGGAGGCUCGGGACCUGGUGAUAGAGGCGCUGAGGGCUCAGCACAGGGACGCCUUCGUGCAGCAGCGCUACGGGAGGUACGACCUCAGCGACCCCUUCCUGGCGCUGCAGCGGGACAGCGAGGUGGCGGGGGGUCAGCGGGGUGAGGAGCCCCCAGCCUGCCCAAACCCUCUGGCCGUGCUGAAGCUGGUGAUGGCGCACUGCAAGAGGAUGCAGGAGAAGAUGAUGGGGCAGCUGGCCGCCGCAGAGAGCAGGCACAGGAAGGUCAUCGCAGACCUGGAGGACGAGAAGCGCCGUCACGCCCAGGACUCGGCCGAGGGGGACGACGUCACCUACAUGCUGGAGAAGGAGAGGGAGCGGCUCCUGCAGCAGCUGGACUUUGAGCGGGCGCAGGUGCGGCGUCUGGAGCAGGAGCAGAAGCGGCUGUGGGGCCAGGCGGAGCAGGAGCGGCAGCGGGCGUGCGCCCAGGCGCAGGAGGAGGGCCGGCGGGUGGCGGAGCUGGCCCGGCGCCUGGAGGAGGCGCGGGGGGCGGGGGAGGCGCUGCGGGGGGAGCUGGAGGCCCAGAGGAGGCGCGCGGAGGAGAGCGAGGCGCGGGCCGAGAGGCAGCUGGCCGAGUCGGACACGGAGCGGGAGCAGCUGAGGGCGCGGCUGCACCGGGAGGAGGCGCGGGGCCGGGGGCUCCGGGAGGAGCUGGAGGCGCUGCGGAGGGAGGCGGGGGCCCUGAGCGCCGGGGAGGCCCCGGCCCUGAGCGCCGGGGAGGCGGGGGCCCUGAGGGCCGGAGGCGCGGGGGCCCCUAGGGGCAGAGGCGCGGGGGCCACGGGGGCCACGGUCGCCAAGGCCAGAGCGCCCAGCGCCGAAACCGACGCAGACGAGAGGCCGUCCAGCGGAACGCCCGUCCAGGUCAGAGUGAACGGGCACCACGCCCCCAAGGAGGCCGAGGCUCCGCCGGAGAACGGGUUCGAGAACGGGGUCCCGCACUCCCCCUCCGUCCAGCCUCAGCCGCACCCCCAGCCCCACCCGAGCCUCUCCCCCUGCAGCACGGCCUCCUCCUCCCUCGCCUCCUCACCCUGCUCCUCCCCGGUUCUGGCCAAGCGGCUAGCGGGAGGCCCGGGUUUCCAGUCGCCCUACCAGGCCAGCGUCAACCAACGCUUCCAGGCGGCACGCCACAAGUUCCAGUCGCAGGCGGAUCAGGAGCAGGGGGGUAGCGGCCCCCAGUCCCCCCGCGACCUUUCACCCACCACCACCCCCUCUCCCCCUCCCCCGCCCCCGGAGCACAGCGCGGCCAAGCAGCUGGCCCGCAACACCGUCACCCAGGUCCUGUCCCGCUUCACCUCCCACCAGCAGGGCGGCGCCAAACCUCCGGCCCCCAACAACUCGCCUUUCGGCACCGACUACCGCAACCUGGCCUCCCCCACCAAGAGCCCCGUCUCCGGCCCCCUAUCCCCCGGGAUCAGGUCCCCGACCGUUACCCGGUUGGAGAGGGGCCACCCUCCGCCCAUACCGCCCAAAAAGCCUGGCCUGUCCCAGUCCCCGGCAUCCCCCACGGCACCCUUCCCGGAACUCUCCGGAAGCUGCGGCCUCAGCAGCGGGCAGGAGGGAGCCAAAGAGCUUGACCUGGUCAUGCCCUCCACCAGCUAACCGCCCGCGACCCCUAACCCCUCUACUCCAGCCCCGAGCGGUAACGCGCUCUGAAAACACUGUCCAGUUUUAUUUAUUAUAUAUUUUUUAUGACUUUAUAUUUUUUUAAACCGAUUCUGUUAAUCUUUACAAAAUCUAGUCUCGGGUAAUAUAGUUAGAUAGAGGUUAAUAUACCCAGAUUAUAUGUAUUUUAUAAUUUGAUUUUGCUCAGCGUAUAAUGAUGAAACCUGUGAAAAGGCUGAUAACUAUGGUGUAAAAUUACAAAGCACUAAGUCAUGACUUCAUCAAGCAGCCAAAUGAAUAAAAGGGGUGAGUGCCUGCCCAGUUGGCCCCAGCUGUAGGAUAUGAGAAGAACUCCAUAUUCUUUCACUGAUAGCUUGGCCAAUAUUAAAGUCUUCCAGAAGAAGGGAAGUCGUUAGGAAGACUUUACAGAGAGUGACUGUAAAUUUUGGCCCGCGCUUCUGUCAUGGACGUGCCGCGAUCGACUGGCUUAACGGAUACCUGACGUUAGUGGCCAGGAGGGCGGCGACAGAGAGCAAGAUGACAACGGACCAAAAAUAACCUUGAAGGUUAGAAAGAGAGGCAAGAAAAAGAAGUGAGGACCAAAGUCCUACCUCCGUCAAACGUCUGUUCAAAGUCGCGUCCGAUACAAACUCGGCAGAAGGGGAGAGUGGAUCCACAGGUUGAUCAUUUAUAUGUCACGCUUUCCACAAAAAUACUUUCGCAAAGGAUGCGUUGAUGUUUCCUUGCUCCAAGGCAAGUUUUGGAGUUCCUAACUUCUACUUCUAGCUCCUAGGAGGAACAUUUAACAGGUUGGAAUGUUUUUAAAGAUGGCGGACCUCGAUCGAUUUCCGGGUCAGGAGCAAGGAAAGGGAAAAGAGGAGGAGAAAUAAGCGGUUGGAAUGAGUCGCUUGUCUCUGGAGCCUAGUGUCCCAGCAGAGCUCCCCGUGCUGAUUGGGCAGCACUGGGUCCAGCUCCUGCAGAGGGGAGGAGGGUCCGCUACAUGCCUCUCCCCCUACACAUGAGUGGGUGUCCUUCACAGUUUUGCAAAAAGGGAAUUCUUCUUGCUUUAAAAAAGUACUAUAUUCCUCUGUUUUACCUGCUGUAUUUAUCGAUCCAUGAAAAUAGCAUAAAAAGAAAUGGGUUUUGUAUUUUAUUUUCUUAUCCCGCUGUGACCCUGCACAAAAUCUACCCCGGGAACUUGGGUCAAUGGCAUUUCUUUAGUUGGGUCAGUAACAUUAAACUCAGUUUCUGAAGGGCA